GUUCAAGGUUAUGUGAACAUUUUUUAAACAAACAUUAAUUAAAGUACAAUUCCUUAUUAGAUUGUUAAUUCAAGUGAUAUGCGUCGUUUAUUUAUGAGAAUGAUUUGAACUUUUUGAAAUGUUUAAAUUUGCAAGCAAUUAUUUACCUAAUAGAAUUUUGCAAGGGCUCACAGCUGCAUAUUUCAGAGUGUCAGCAUUCCGCACCAACUCUCACAGCAGCCCCUCGAGCGUCCUCCUCGACACAAUGAAAGUGGUGAUCCUCCCCGCCCUCUCCGACAACUAUAUGUACCUCAUCGUGGACGAGAAAACCAAACAAGCAGCCAUCGUGGACCCCGUAGCCCCCGAGACAGUCCUCGAAGCCGUCGAAAAAGAGGACGUGAACCUCACCAAAGUCCUCACAACGCAUCACCACUGGGACCACGCCGGGGGCAACGAACAACUCGUCAAGAAAUCAAAAAACGCCCUACAAGUCUUCGGGGGCGAUGACCGAAUCGGGGCUUUGACAAACCAGGUCAAGCACGGGGACAAGUUCUCGAUCGGGGACAUCAACGUGGAGUGUCUCUCCACCCCGUGUCACACCACGGGGCACAUUUGCUAUUAUGUGAACGCGGCAGGGGAGCCCCCAGCUGUCUUCACCGGAGACACGCUAUUCGUCGCGGGGUGUGGCCGGUUUUUCGAAGGGACGGCGGAGCAAAUGCACACAGCCCUCAUUGAUAUCUUGGGGAAUUUACCCGACAAUACACAGGUGUUUUGUGGGCACGAAUAUACCGAACAAAAUCUGAAAUUUGCAAAACAUGUCGAGCCUGAUAAUCCCGAUAUUUUAGAAAGAAUCGAGUGGGCUAGGGCUAAAAGGGGGCGACAUGAACCCACUGUCCCUUCAACCAUCGCAAAUGAGAAACAAACUAACCCUUUUAUGAGAGUGGGGCACCCCUCGGUACAAAAACAUGCCAAGAGCAAUAAUUCGAUCGAGACCAUGAGGACAAUCAGAAAGGAAAAGGAUUCGUUUAAGGGAUAAAGGCGGCUACCAUUAAAUUGAGCGUAAUUUUGAAUCUAGUGCUUUCUGCUACCAACCCAAAAUGUCAAAUUUACUAAAUUCUGCGAGUGUAUUUUACAUUUUAGGUUGGCACGUUAGGGAAUUUCUUGGCUUAAGGUUCAAGGUCAAUGCUUGUUGUCAAAUAAACUUAACAAAUAUAAAAUUUUCUUCAACUUUGACAAAA